AGGAACGCAUAUGGUUACGUCUACUGCAGCCCGCCUAUUUUGCCACAUGCAUUUUUUGCAGUUUGGUGCUUGAAUCUGGCCUCGAAUACUGCAUGGUUGUUCCUGUGGGACAGAAAGUUGAUGCUUAUUGCACUGGUUUUCCUCAUCCUCAUCGCCUUGACCAACUACGCGAUGAUAAUCUUCUCCUGCCACGGUCUGCACAGCUAUGGCGCCUGGCUCAACAAGUACCACAAAGUAGACCUGUGGCUUCACCGUGUGUUGGUUCAGAAUGGUGUCGCCAUAUAUGCAACAUGGACAACCAUUGCAUCCAUCAUUAACCUGGCCAUCGUGCUGACUAAUGAUGCAAACAUGUACCCAACGGACGCUGCCACCGCCGCGCUGGCUGUUUUGGCUGCAGUGUUGUUUGUGUGGUUCAUACUGGAAAACUUUGUCCUUGACAAACACGUGAGGUACAUUAUCACCAUUUACCUCGUUGUGAUCUGGGCGCUGACGGGGGUGUUCAUGAAGAAACAGGAUGCUGUAAUUUCUCUUGUCAAUAGUGACUUCAUUGAUGGACUGUUGGGUGUAGCCUGUACCUUGUUUGGUGGACGCAUGUUUUUGGUCAUCUGGAGGCACAUUAAAUUUCCAUUUUACGAAGACAUCAACGUAGACAACAUGUCUCCGAUGGAGGUCGCUGAGAAGCAGAAGAAGAUGUUUAUGUAAGACUGUUGAAGGAAUAUUUUAAUGAAAAACCUUUCUGUAUCAUGCAUUAUUGUUUCUGUAACGUAUGAGAUGAAUUUCUAAAUGCUUUGUAUAUAUUGCAGUGUAUAGUUUUUGAUUAAGUUGUCUCACUUAGUUGUCAGUACAUUGUGUACUCAAACUGCACUGAGUCGUAAUAAUGUGCU